AUGGACGACGCCGCGAGCGAUGGACGCGGGCGAACGGACGAUGCGCGAUGGACGAGCGCGAGCGCGGGGGCGCGGGACCGCGCGCGCGGGCGAGAGACGCGAUCGGGCGCGGAUGGACAGCGUUUCGAGACGAUCCCGAGCGUGAGCUCGUUCGGCGGUGGAUUGAUGAAUUACGAGGUGUUCUCUCGACGAUCGAGCGCGAAUGAGAUGUCGAGCGAACCGGACGUGGAGCGGGGGGGGGUGGAGCCGUCGCCGGUGUCGCCGGGGACGCUGAAGAGGCUGAACGCGGACGCGCCGGUAAAGGUGUGGGGACGGGAGGUGCGCAUGAGCGAGCUCGGGUUGUUGAUGACGCUGAGCGGUGGGGCGUUGUUCGCGUACGUCGCGUUCACGAUGACGCAGGAGGGGGUUUUCCGGAGAGCGACGAAGGAUUUCAAGUACGGGGGGGUGGUUUCGCUGUGCACGUCGCUCGUGUACUGCGGCUUGGCGCAGUGCGAGCGGGCGAGUAACGGGGACGCGCCGUGGAGCAGACGCGGUGACAUACGGGAUUAUGCGUUGUUGAGCGUCAUGACGAGCGGAUCGAUGUACCUGACGAACGCGGCACUGAGUUAUAUUAACUAUACGACGCGCAUCGUCGCAAAGUGUUCAAAGGUGAUACCCGUGAUGAUCGUGGGGACGUUGAUGCAGGGACGGCGGUACGGGGUGGAGGAUUACGGGAUGUGCAUCUUGCUCGUGGUCGGGAUCACGUUGUUUACCAUGGGAGACGUUGAUUCGUUUCCGAAUUUCGAUUAUCGAGGCGUCGCGUACAUCACGAUCGCGCUCUUUCUGGAGAGCACGGCGGGAAAUUUCGAAGAACGGCGCUUCUUUAACCUUCCCAAGCCCAUAUCUCACUGCGAGGUCGUGUUUUACGUCAACGCUAUCGGGAGCGUGUGGAUCGCCCUCGGGCUCUUCGCCUCGGGCGAGCUCUUCGUGUCACUCGCGCACAUAUCGCGCGAGCCGACCAUGUUGGUGGCGAUUUGUCUCGCCGCCGCCUUUGGAUACAUCUCGGUCACGUGCAUCCUCCUCUGUUUGCGCCACUACGGCGCCACGAACACCGAGGUCAUCAAAGCCGUACGUAAAAUGCUCUCCUUGGCGCUCUCCCUCCUCGUCUACCCCAAACCCAUGGGCUGGAAAUACAUCGUCGGCACCACCGCCACGUGCGUCGCCCUCUUCGGCCUGUACAAAAUAAAAAUGCGCCGACUCCGCGCCGCGGGCUUCUCCAUGGAGGCCGCCAAGUGA